UUUUGUCCUUGAAUUUGCGGGAGCGCCAAAUCUGAAGUCGUAAUAUGAACAACAAUUUGUUGCGCUAUAAAUUUACUUGCAGUCCAUAGAUUCUUUUAGAAAAGAGGAUAUGCACGUACGUUCCCAUAUUAUUAAAUACAAAAUACCGGCCACAAAAUGAGAGUUUUCACGCUUAUAUGUGUUUAUUUCUGUGCCUUGGUUUAUGGACAAGUGGAUUUAUCGAACCUAGGUGCCAUCAUCGAACAGAACGUCAGGAGGAAUCUAGAGCACCUGGACAAUCUCAGUAGCCAUAUCCAUCACCAAAUGUUUCCCUUCAAUAAUCUAGGACAGCAAAUCCAACACGACGUCCAGUCUAGGCUGGGGGACAUCGAGGAUCUUGGUUCGAGGAUCCACAAUGAGGUGGAGCACAAUUUGUUACCAGUCAGGGCGAUGGCUCUGAGGUUGCAGAUGAUAAAUGGAAUAGGUGGAAAAACUGUUGUUGCUUUUCCUAAUGGAAAGAGGCUGAUAGCCAAAAACGGUAAUCUCUACGAAUGCAACGGAUCUGUGAACAGUCAGGGAGAUUGUGGAGGAUCCUUAUCGCCUUUGGACUUCAGUAAAAAUGAGAAUUACUGUUACAUGUAUCCCAACGUAAGGGUGAACAACUACCUAUGUUUCAGCAGUAAUUCCCAAGGAGUAUCUGCAAAUAUCAUAAACGGAAAAGUGUCUUGUUCCACCGUGGAUAACAAGCCUUAUCUUCUCAUAUCCGAGGAGGACUAUCAGAAGAUGUGCAGCAGUGUUGGAGGUCAACCCACUUACACAUAUUACUCAGAUGUCAACAACUCACAUGGCGUGACUAUUCCGAACGAUAAUCCGUAUGUGAAAUGUAAAGGGAACACUCCCAACGUCUGCGUCUUCAACUGAAGAAUUUUUAAAACAAAAAUGAAAUCUUGCCCUUGCUACCAAAAAAAUCCAAUAAAGUAAUUAGUGAUA